AGGAUCGCAGUGCGCGUGGCCGCGGCGGCUGGUGUGGGGUUGAGUCAGUUGUGAGACCCGGCGCUGCUGACCCAGCGGGCGAGCCACCGGACCGGCGACAGAGCGGCAGGCGUCGGGGCUCGGGAUCCGUGAGCCUGGCCCCCUCGUAGAGAUCCGCCGAGCCGGCGCCGCCGUCGUCCCCCGCCCCCAGCCAGCAAACCGCCGCCGCCGCCGCGGGCGCGCCCCCGCUCUGCGCUGUCUCUCCGAUGGCGUCCGCCUCCGGGACCAUGGCGAAGCACGAGCAGAUCCUGGUCCUCGACCCGCCCACAGACCUCAAAUUCAAAGGCCCCUUCACAGAUGUAGUCACUACAAAUCUUAAAUUGCGAAAUCCAUCGGAUAGAAAAGUAUGUUUCAAGGUGAAGACUACAGCACCUCGCCGGUACUGUGUGAGGCCCAACAGUGGAAUUAUUGACCCAGGGUCGACUGUGACUGUUUCAGUAAUGCUACAGCCCUUUGACUAUGAUCCAAAUGAAAAGAGUAAACACAAGUUUAUGGUACAGACCAUUUUUGCUCCACCAAACACUUCAGAUAUGGAAGCUGUGUGGAAAGAGGCAAAACCUGAUGAAUUAAUGGAUUCUAAAUUGAGAUGUGUAUUUGAAAUGCCCAAUGAAAAUGAUAAAUUGGGUAUAACUCCACCAGGGAUUGCUCCGACUGUCACUUCAAUGAGCAGCAUCAACAACACAGUUGCAACAGCUGCCAGUUAUCACACGAAGAAUGACCCCAGGGGACAUAUGUUCAAACAAGAGAAGCAGAAGAAUGACAUGGAACCUAGCAAAGCUGCCCCACUGAAUGCAUCGAAACAAGAUGGACCCAUGCCAAAACCGCACAGUGUUUCCCUCAAUGAUACCGAAACAAGGAAACUCAUGGAAGAGUGUAAAAGACUUCAGGGAGAAAUGAUGAAGCUUUCAGAAGAAAAUCGACACCUGAGAGAUGAAGGAUUAAGGCUCAGAAAGGUAGCACAUUCGGAUAAACCUGGCUCCACCUCAACUGCAUCCUUCAGAGAUAACGUCACCAGUCCUCUCCCUUCACUUCUUGUUGUAAUCGCAGCCAUUUUCAUUGGAUUCUUUCUAGGGAAAUUCAUCUUGUAGAGUGAAGCAUGCCGAGUGCUAUUUCUUUUUUUUCUCUUGACCAGAAAAGAUUUGUUUACCUACCAUUUCAUUGGUAGUAUGGCCCGCGGUGACCAUUUUUUUGUGUGUACAGCGUCAUAAUAGGCUUUGCCUUUAAUGAUCUCUUACGGUUAGAAAACACAAUAAAAACAAACUGUUCGGCUACUGGACAAAUUGUAUAUUAUCAGAUCAUCACUAGCAGAUGUCAGUUGCACAUUCAGUCCUUUAUGAAAUUCAUAAAUAAAGAAUUGUUCUUUCUUUGUGGUUUUAAUAAGAGUUCAAGAAUUGUUCAGAGUCUUGUAAAUGUUAUUUUAAUAAUCCCUUUAAAUUUUAUCUGUUGCUGUUACCUCUUGAAAUAUGAUUUAUUUAGAUUGCUAAUCCCACUCAUUCAGGAAAUGCCAAGAGGUGUUCUGUGGGGAAAUGGUGCCUCUUACAGUGUAAAUUUUCUCCUUUACCUUUGCUAAUAUCAUGGCAGAAUUUUUCUUAUCCUUUGUGAGGCAGUUGUUGACUGAGUUUUUUCAUCCUUACAAUCCUGUCCCAUGGUAUUUAACAUAAAAAAAAAAUAAAACUGUUAACAGAUUCUUGCUCGAUAGCCUGUUUGUGUCUGUCGUGUCAUUGAGGGGGAGGGUGUCAGGGUGUCCACUGUGUAGGGUAAUUUGAAAUUUAUAAUGCUAAUUUUGCUCUUUCAUUGAAACUCUUUUUUGGAUGUUACAGUAUUUGUAAUCAAAAGUUCUCAUUCUCUUAAGGAAAGCAGUUGAUGAUGUUUCAAGCUAUGUUUGAUAUUUUGGGAGAUCAUAAUUAGUUUGUAAAAAAAUGAGAUAAGCAAUGCCAGGAGAGUGAAAGUGCUGCACUUGUAGUGAGGUUCUCUGUAUGCCAUGGACUGCCUUACCUUUACUCCGUCCUUAUCAUGCUCUUCUCAAGGAAGACUUAUUCUCUCUAGUAAUUCUUUAUAAUAUCUCACAAUUAAAGUUAAAACUAGGUGUGUUUUCUGCCGCCCAAUUUGGCAUUGUCAUUUUGGCAAUUACUGAGCAAGCCUUGGGAAUUUCCUUUGUGACAAAUGGCUUUAUCCUUAACAAAUCUGUUAACCGUGUGAAACAUACUUUCAGUAUAAAUACACAUUAGAGGGUCUGAUACUUUCCUGCACGUAGUCUGAUGUCAUUUAUUUUGUCCUAGGAUAGAAAAUUUUGGAGCGAGAGAAAAUAACAUUAACUUAUCAUUUGUGUACAGUCUAACUCAAGUGAAUUUUGAUGAUUGAAAACAGGUGUUGGUUCUGUAAAAUUUAGAGGCACACUACCUGAAAGGGAAUUUGGAUUCUGAGACUUGAUGUGGUGCAGUGAAGUAUGUUAGGCCCAGGUGUGUACACAUUUUAUAAAAGUGAAGUGUUCGAAAGAGUUUUUGGUUGUCUUUUCCUUUCAAAUGUGUUUUGAAUUUGUCAGAUCACAUGUAUUGUAUUAUUCUAUGGUAUCUUAUAAAAACCUCUUGCUUAUGCGUAAAAGCUACUGAAAACAAACAUAAGCCAUGCCAAGCCGUCACUAGCAUGCUACUGUGAGUAGUGUUUCCCUUGUGGUGUGCUCAGCUGUCACUCUAAACCCUCCCCUCUUAAAACUGGAAAAGCAUGCCAGAAAAAACCCUCUUUCUGUUUCACCCCAUAAAUGCAGAAUCAGUAAUUUAGCUUAAAGCUUUCUAUAUAAUCAACUUUAUUGGUGUUAAGUAUCAAGCUUGUUAGCUAUCUAACAAAUUCAGCAAAAUCUCAUUUUAUUGGAAUGCUCCUUAGAGUUCAUUCUGUCCAGCCCCUUUGUUCUGUAAUUGAGGAAUCCGAGGCCUUACCUUACGAGAGCAUCGCAAGAACUUCCCUGUUUUCUCACAAAUAGGCAGCAGCAGAACUGGAACUAGAAAUCUGGUCUUUCAACGCUGGCUCAGUGUCUUCUCUGGUAAUUUUAUAGAAAAACAAAUUUGUCUUAAUUUGACACGACUGAAAUAAUGAACAUAAGAUGCUAUUUAAUGAGUAUAUGUGAAAAUCCCUGUCACUAGAUUGUAUCGCAGGCUCCUGUUAAAUAGUGUCAUACAUGUUUGGUUUUAGCGUUUAGGCUAGCAAUGCUUCCCAUAUUGAUAAUAAAUAAACCUUACAAAAUACGAUGUAUUUUUAGGUAGGCAUUUUAUAAAAUGCAUUAUACAAUGGUUGGUUUUGAAGUAGGUUGUAGUCUGGGUAGUAUCUUGAAAAUAAAGUAUGUGGGCUUCUGCAUAGCAAGAGAUGCUCUGAUUGUAUAAGAGACUUCAAUUGUAUGAAAUGUGAUCAGAUUAUUUUACUACCAAUAGUUACAGUUUCAGAGAGUCUAGCUGUAGUAGUUGAUUAUAUAUAGAUUAAAUUGUUUGUCUUCAUUCCUUCCAUGCAUAGAACUUGUUGCUUUGUCCACCUGCUUACAGGCAUAUGUAAGCAGGAGGGAAUACACUGUUACUAAUACUGAAAUUCCCUUCCAGUGAUCAUGGCCUUACGUUCACAUGGGAUGCUAAAUGCACUGUGUUCUUUCAGUCUUUCUGUAACUGAUUUAACUUUGCCUGUUCUUGUAUUUAUAAGAAACACGUUUAAAAAUGUGUUCUGAGUGUGUGGUAUGUUAACAUUAAAAGAAAUUGGAAAACUUGUAUCACUUCAGAAAUUCUGGUCAAAGAAAUAUUCUCUCAGUUCCUCCUUCAUGUAUCUUAGCUCAGGAGUUCUUUUAAAAUCGGUAUUAUCUGGUAUGGGCAUACUUUGGGAUUACAAUGCUUCGAAAAGGCACCACUUUUGAAAACAAGUUUUAACAGGUUAAAAAAAGAAACCAGUUCUUACAGGGUAUGUAUCCCUAAAUGUCGUCUUGCCACUUCAGAAUAUAUCCAAGGAAUUAUUUUCCUGGAGCUUUUGUGUGUUACUGUUCAGUGAUUCUGGUGUAUGCACAGAUUUAAGAAAUCAACCUUUAGGAGAGUAAGGGAAAGAUCAAUGCUUAGUGUAUGGGAAAACAAAAGCAGCAGGUCAACAAGUGAUCUUUAUUUCCUAACUUUUAAAGGAAAUUAUGUGAAUAAAUAAACUGUUUCAAAAUGUG